CGCCCUUUUGAAAUGACUGACUUUUUCACUUUUCUCUUUCUGUAGAUCUAAAUAUUCUUCAUGAUUUGUAGAUUUUCUUGAAUUUCAACAACAUUUAUCAAAGCGGUUGGUUACUAAAAUGCCAGAAGAUAAACACUUAGUACAGUGCUAUAACAGGGGAUGUGGCAAACUUUUCGAUCCCAUUCAUAAUGAUAAAGAUGAAUGUCAGUAUCAUCCUGGUGCUCCCAUAUUUCACGAUGCUUAUAAGGGUUGGUCAUGUUGCAAUAAAAAGAGUGUUGAUUUUACGGAAUUCCUUAACAUUAAAGGAUGUACAAUGUCGAAACAUUCGAAUGUGAAACCCCCUGAACCUGAAAAAAAGGGUCUAGAUAAAGAACUGGAGCAAAAAGAAGUUAUAGAAGUCAGGGCACCUGUUGUUCGCCCACAAUUGCCUCGACCACCAUUUGAUUCUCCACUUGUGACUCUCAAAGCUUGUAUUUCAAAUUCAUUGAUGGAAGUUACACAAAAAUCUUCACAAAAAACUACUGCUAUUGAUGAUGGGAAUAUAGCGAUUGGUACAUCUUGCAAAAAUGGUGGCUGCAAUGUCUCAUAUGAGGGACCUCAGACAAAUGGAACCAUGUGUACAUAUCAUCCUGGAUGUCCUGUGUUCCAUGAAGGCUUAAAGUUCUGGUCUUGUUGCCAAAAGAGAACAACAGAUUUCAACACUUUUCUAAGCCAACCUGGUUGUACAACUGGUACUCAUAAAUGGAAAAAAGAAGGAGCUCCUGCGGGCACUGUGAAAUGUCGCUGGGACUGGCACCAAACAGCAGAUUUUGUAAUUGUCAGUGUAUAUGCCAAGAAAUAUGAUCCAACACUGAGCUAUAUUAAACUAAACCCAAUCCGUUUAAAUACAAAGUUGGUCUUCCGAGAGGAGAAUGAUGCUGUUUUUGAACUAGAUCUUGAAUUGAGAGGUGUUAUAAGUGUAGAAAAAAGUAGUGCAUCCAUGCUGCCAACAAAGAUGGAAAUCAAAUUGAAGAAGGCUGAACCUGGUUCAUGGAGCAAGUUGGACUUUCCUAGAAAUGAACCUAAAAAAGAGACAUCAGAACCCAAAAUAGAGCCAGAAGUUGAGGAUGAUUCAGUUGAUCUAUCAACAGUAGAAGCUAUACAAUCUACAGCAAAACUUAAUGUGUCUGCUUAAAAAUGGAGACUAAUUGCAGUGAAGUGUCAAUAUGAAAUUAAUAAAUGAAUUAAAUGACAUUGUUAAAAUCUCUUUUUUUACUGAUGUCAUGGUGUUACUUCACAAAGAAG